ACAUUCUCGGCCUGUCGCAUGUCUUUCGAUCCUUUCUCAGCCAGUUGGGCUGUCUUUUUCCAGGGUGAUCCGCCAACGUUUAUCACGACAUCCACAGACUGUCCUGUCUCGCAACAUUUCGUUUAGAGAGUCGCCAUAUUCACAGUGUUCUGACACGAAGUCGUUUCCUCUGGCUCGUGUGUUGAAAUUGUAUCUCUGUACAAUUGCUGAGGGUCUUUGACUAGCUGGUCUUGGCCGACGGUGGGUGCGGCGCUGCCAAGUUCCUGAUGAGCUAGUACAUUGAUGGACCCUUAUGCCGUUGGCAACAAAGUAUUGCUCGAUACCCAGUCCUCUACACUUUGGUCAAACUCAUCGGUUGCCAAUCGUGAUUCCACCUUCUCCUUCAGUACAGUUCAGACUUCUCCUCGUCGCCAAAUGUAGUAACUAGCGUAGCUAGUUGGCCGCACGCUAGGCUGGUCACAAGUAGGCACAAUAAACUCUGAUUGAAUGAAGGAUUUCGAAACACCGUUAACGAUACAUGUUCUAAUUUUAACUUACUGUCAUUACUUACUAAUGUGAGUCUGUUCAUCGUCCAUGCACCUGCACCUGCACCUUGCUCACUGAAGUCCUGGUACCAUUAUACUCAUAGUACAGUAGAGCUCUAGGAGGCAUUCAACAUUGUUGUGCCAGUACCUAGUUUGCCCAGAGAUAGAGUAGAUUCCCUUCCUGGCCUUCAACUUUGCCUGCAUUGAACUGCUGAAGAAUUCGAGGGGUGUGUUGUGGUUAAAUUUUACUUCCGUUCCUGACAUCGAGUGAACAAAGCCAAUCCCAUUCUAACCUCCUUCACCGGCUAGUGGGAAGUGUUCAAUGAAAUUUAAUAGCAUAUUAAAUGGGGUUAACAACAAGGAGCAGGCCGCAACUGAUGACAUCACUCAUCUCUUAAGCGGAACGCAUGCGCACUAAAGUUGAAGCCAAGUCACUUUGUUAGCAAUAUCAGACAUCAGUCAUUUCAUUCAGAUUAUCUCAAUCAAUCCUCUCUACCAAGCCUCUCUACCGGCCAUGGAACCCUCAGUCGUUACUCCCACCGCCCCAACCACUGUCACACCACCGACGCCUACCAGCUCGGGCACUGUACCCACACCGUUGACAGGCAGUUCCAGGCGAUGGUUCGCAAAAUGGUCGGCGAGGCAGUCGCCUUAACUAUCCCCCACUUGAUGUCGACCAUAGAGGGCCGCAUACAGACAGGCAUCCAAAAUGCCCUCUCUGCUCCCUCAAUCUCAGGUUCAGCAGCAGCAACCGUUACCAGUGUCACCUCAACUCCACCAGCGUCGGCAGGUAUAUACCUUAAAAUAACAACCAAAAUUUAGUCACCUCCGUAGCUGGUAUCUCGAUAACCCCUCUCCAUUCCGAUGCGAAUAUGAAACUUGAGGCACAAUUUACUGCCAAGGUGGUGUAGGAUCAAAUGCUUUAUACAUAGUUAGCUAUCUAUAUACAAUACACACCAGGCAAAACCCAACAAAUGGCAGGGUGAUGGCAUACCCCCAACAAAUGACAGGGUGAUGGCAUACCCAACAAACGGCCAACAAAUGGCAGGGUGAUGGCAUACCCAAAAAAUGGCUAACAAAUGUAAAUGGCCAACAAAUGGCAGGGUGAUGGCAUACCCAACAAAUGACGAUGGCAAAUAGCAACGAAUGGCACACUAACAAACUGCCGAGUAUGGCAAAACUCAGCAUAUGGCACACGUACUAUAGUAGGGCAAAUGCAACAAGGUGUGAGUAUGGCAAAAUUAAUGGCAGAGUAUGGCAAACCCAACAAAUAGCGCAGGUAACGUUACGUUACCAUAGCAAUUGUCACCCUCCGGUUAGUUGCAUGUCCUUAUUUAGUAGUAACCUCCCUUAUGGUUUUGUUUCUUGGUAAAAAUUAAUAGCCUAUGUGUAUGUUGUGCAUCAGAGUUCUUAAGCCACGACACCACACAAAUAACACAGAGUAUGGCAAACUCAGAACUCAACAAAUAGCCGAGGAGGGCGUGGCACAUAGCGGGGUAUGGCACACCCCAACACAAUAUGCACCUCAGCAAAGACAGUACACAUUAUGAACUGCUCAUGCACGCACAGCAGGUAUCUCGCUGGGAUCAAUGCCUUGAGCCUGCUCAAUACCCUCACGAUCAGGAGCUUGCCGAUACCCAGCCAUCGGCUGCUGCUUGCCACCCCAUAUUGUUCCCACCCAGCGGAGGAGAAAGUUCUAAGGCAAUCAUCAUAGCCGCAGGGGUUCCCUCGCUAAAACGCUCCAUGUUGGAAUCAAUUUUAGCUGUCGAGUUCGGAGACCUCCCGCCAGCAAGAGGGCUUAAGUAAACCCCUCUCCACCUUAGCCAACUGAACGCAUCAGAACUGGCACAGACCAAAAAGGUCAUACCAGACCUGGGCGUUUGGACCCAAUGUUUUUCAAUAUAUGCCGCAGUUGUUCUCACGAAACAGCCCCCAUCCAAUCGCCAAGCUUAGCAAAAAAUUCCAAUAGCCAUCGUGGAUUGCAUAUGACCAGAACGAAGCAGCUGCAACAGGACAGCUUGACUGGUCAAAAAUCGAUGCCGGAAUAUAUGCGACAUGUUCCAAGCAUUAGGGCUGGUGUCGCAUUUGCAAGUCUAUGGAUCACUCAAAAGACUCUUGCCCGCCCCCAGCCCCACUACCCUAGCAAGGAGCGCUUCUCAUCGGUGUCAGCUCCACCCCCAAAACGGCCACAAACUAGAUACCUAUAUGGAAUGCGAAUCGUGCCGAUUCCUACACGUUUGUGCAAAUUGUCGUCAACCAGACCAUGCUGCCCCCAAAUGCAGGAAAGGAGCCACUAAUUUAGAUGGCAAAAAACAAUGAAACUCGUUGUGUUCAGUAUGACCUUGGUUUUAUUCACCUUGUAUUUCACCAUGUAUUGAUUCACCAUGUAGUUAUUCACGCCCCUUAUCUAAGUAUAUAAUUGCAACGGCAUGCCUACAGCAAGGGGCCAAGCCUUACACUAUGUAGAUACCAAUAUUCCCUGUUUGCAGGAGGGUACCCUUACACCCAGCAGCUGGCUCAACUCACCCCCACCUGCCUACCAGCAAUACUGCUAGACGCAGAAGUAUGGGAGGCAGAACUGAGCCAUCACCCAGAUACCCAAUUCAGUUCGUAUGUCGUGAACGGCUUUAGGGUGGGAUUUGAUAGGCAAAGACUCCUUAAAAACUACAAGGGGAAUAUGGCGUCCGCCCUCGAACACCCUCAAGUGGUCAAUGACUACCAGAACUCCUUCUCAGCAGCAUGGUCAUAAUACCUCAGGGGCAGGUCCCAUACAUUCAUUGCCAAAUCAGUCCCUUUGGUGUUAUUCCAAAGAAGUCAAAACCAGGAAAAUGGCGGCUUAUUGUCGAACUCUCAUCGCCGACCAACGCUAGCGUCAAUGAUGGAAUUGAUAUCAAUAGACCAAGUGUCAGACUGUAUCUUUAACCUCGGCAGAGGUAUCUUGAUGGCGAAAGUGGACAUCAAAUCAGCCUACCGUAUUGUCCCAGUGCACCCAGAGGACCGCUAUUUGCUAGGUGUGCAAUGGAAUGAUCAGGUUGUGGUGGAUAAGGUACUCCCCUUUGGCCUGCGCUCUGCACCCCUCAUUUUUACAGCAAUUGCACAGUGGAUAAUGGAAAAAAACAAUGUAUGCAACAUCUUCCACUAUCUGGAUGAUUUUAUAACGCUGGGCCCACCAGGCUCUACAACAUGUCAAGAAAAUCAUUGUCAAAACCUGCGAAAACACAGGUGCCCCUUGGAGCUCAGCAAAUCCGAAGGCCCAACAGCAAGGCUGACAUUCUUGGGGAUGGAACUGGAUACAAACAAAUUGGAAAUCCGCCUCCCAGCAGCCAAACUAGACCGCCUGAAAUUGCUUCUCAAAAAGUGGGAAUUAAAAAAGGCGGGGGAUUUGCUGUCUCUCAUCGGCUACCUUCAGCACACGGCAAAAGCAGUUCGCCAAGGACACUCCUUUGUACGGCGACUAAUUAAUGCAUCUACCACAGUGCAUCAACUCCUUCGCCUAAAUGUUGCAGCAUGCUCUGACAUUAAAUGGUGGUCAAUAUUCGCCUCACAACUUGUCCGUGGCAGCAAAGACCACCCAGUUUUCACGGUUACGUCCGACGCUUCCGGCACUUGGGGCUGCGGAGCCUAUGAAGCAGAACUAUGGUUCCAACUGCAAUGGCCCACCUCAAUGGAUGAUUGCCAUUUAUCGGUAAACCCAGUAGUCAUAGCAGCAGGUGAACGCUGGGUCGGACAAUCGGUCCGUUUCCAAUCAGCGGUGGUGGCAUUACUGAACUCAGGUUCUAGCAGAGACGAGGCUCUCAUGUACCUGAUGAGAUGUCUGGUCUUUAUUACAGCCAAAUUUAACUUUACAGUGUCGGUAUCCCAUAUUAGAGGAGUCAAUUAGCCGAUGCUCUCUCACGCAACAAUCACAAUUAUUUUCUUGUUAAUCACCCUCAGGCCACUCCUCGACCCUCGCCUAUACCCAUAGCAUUGCGGGAUCAUCUCAAAACCGGAUUGGCUAUCUCAGCACGUACUGGACGAGCGCUAUUUUCGAUCAGCCUUAGCCCCAAGCUCCCAACGCACUUAUGGUUCAGCACAAACCCGAUACUUACAAUUUUGUUCUUCUUUUUCACUAUCCCCACUACCUGUCAAUGAACUCCAGCUCGCAGCACACCUGGCUAACGAACAACUUUCCCACACUACAAUAAAAAGUUACCUCUCAGCAGUUCGGCACCUCCAAAUUGCAAGCAACUUAGCAGACCCACAUAUCUCAGAUAUGCUAUUAAAUCUGGACAGGCCAAAACCAAACAGAACCAAAGGACUCGUCUCCCAAUCACUCCAAAAAUUCUUCUGCAAAUGUGUAACAGCUGGGGAGCAGCAAGUCGAUUCAAAUCGAGACAACACAAUGCGCAGCUACGCUCUGUUUUUUUGGCUUCUUGAGAUCAGGGGAAGCGACAGUCCCCUCCGAUGGAGCAUUUGAUAGCAAAGCCCACAUGACUUACAAUAUCGGCGACCCUCAGACGAUCAAAGUAAGACUCAAGGCAUCAAAAACAGACCCUUUCCGAAAGGGGGUGGAUAUUGUUAUUGGAAGGACCCUAUUGGAAGGACCCGGUGACAGCUAUGUUAGCUUACCUGGUUAUGCAUGGCCCAAAACCUGGGUUCUUAUUUUAGUUCAACGAUGGUAGACUACUCACGAAAUCUCGCUUUGUAGAGGUAGUGCGGCAGGUAUUAUCCACAAUUGGCCUAAACCCUCUUCACUAUGCUGGCCACUCCUUUAGAAUCGGAGCAGCAACAGCAGCAAGCACUUGUGGCCUGAAUGACUCUACCAUACAAAUGUUGGGAAGGUGGUCAAGCUCGCGCAUACCUAUCUUAUAUUCGAACCCCAAGAGACAACUUGGCUAGACGAGCUGAGAAAUAAUUGUUUUAAUGUACAUGUAUAUUCCGUUACUGUUUUUUUUUUGUUUUGUCCUUUGGGAGCUCAUUACAUCUCAUUGUCAUGUCCUCAGAGACAUAAUUACAGCAUACUAGGGCUCAGCUUGGGAGUAUUUGCGAGUCCAAAGGCCUCACCCAAACAAAGGAUAUAGAUGUAAGGUCACAGGGUAAAAUACCAAUUUAAAGAAAACAACAUCUGGAAAAAUAACCCCCCGAAAGGCCGAGGGGUAUUAUCCCUAGGAUGCCCAUUCAGAUUAACAAUGACCCAACCAAUAUCAUUACGCUAUUGGUUUUGCAUAUUAGCGUUAAUUAUACUCUUAUAAAUUAAUUGUACCCAAUACUGUGACGCAAGUUGUUAAAUGGAAUUUAAUAGCAUAUUAAAUGGGCAAGGAGCAGGCCGCAACUGAUGACAUCACUCAUCUCUUAAGCGGAACGCAUGCCCUAAAGUUGAAGCCUCAUGCUGUCUCUGAACUAAGUCACUUUGUGAGCAAUAUCAGACGUCAGUCAUUUCAUUCCCCUCCUCUCCCACCCUUUUUUAUCUUUUAUUUUUAUUAUUCUUUCAGUUUGCACUCUUGUCAGGCACUGUGACAAGGGGCAUGUCAUGUGCGUGGGCAUCUGACGACCAGAUUUGGUUACAGGGUAAAAUACCAAUUUAAAGAAAACAACAUCUGGAAAAAUAACCCCCCGAAAGGCCGAGGGGUAUUAUCCCUAGGAUGCCCAUUCAGAUGAACAAUGCUCUUUGAACCCCAACCAAUAUCAUUACGCUAUUGGUUUUGCGUAUUAGCGUUAAUUAUACUC